AUGGCAACGCCUGUCAAGUCAAGGCCGUAUAGGCGCAUAUUAACGUCUACGCUACAUAGAAGAUUUGUGCAUGCUUCAGCAUUUGCGCUUCUGGCGUGUUACGUUAUUUCUUUUUUUAUCGGGACGAAGUCUUCCUUAUUUUGGUCAUGGUUUCCUGUCGGUCCUUGCGGAAUUCGAGCUUUACUUCUUUUUGUCUCAGGAUUAUGUGUUUUUAUACUACGAGUCGGCCAGAUGCACGUCGGUGCGCGAAUCGCUACGUCCCAUUUUCACAAUUUCAGGCUUUCUGCCCUGUCCUUUACUUGCAUACAAACCGUCAUCUGGUAUCUUUUUUCUGCAUGGUGGUUCAGCGAGGUUUAUAAAUGGUCCUCCCCGGCGGAUGCUAAAUUAAACUGGGUGAAUCCCGGAAAAUCAUACGAGCGGUCACAGCUAAAUGAACGACCAAUAUACCUUCACUCUUUUUUCAUCAUGCUGGCCCUAAUCCAGUCCUCACAACACCUCUACUUCGAUUGGGAUGAGGUUCCUGUUCCAGUCGCAAAGCGAAACCCCCUAACGACCAGUCAAAGAACACAUCGCCUAGCUCCGCUCUCUACGCAGUUCAAUAACAUUGCCCUAGACAUCAUACGUGAGUCGGUUAUUAUCGCGUUUAUAACCACUUUUGUCGGUCCGAUAAUCUAUAUGUUUAUUUUCCGCCGGACGGCCUGGAACUGGACACUUCACUUUGCGAAACUAUUUUGGGACUUCCCUCGAUCCGCUGCUGAUCCACCAGGCCUUAUGCCACCCAUUCAUUUUUUAAUGCUGUAUCAGUGCAUGACAUCUGGCUCUAUGCUAGUUAUUCUAUGGAAGAUAUCAAACUUUCUCUUCUCAGCAUUCCUAGGCCAAGCACCGUUGAAGAAAGGUCAACCACUAACAAGCGGUGCAGCGGAUCCUAAUGGAAGCCUUAUCAAUGGGCUCAAAUCUAAAAAAGGGACGGUUUUAGCAUUUGCAUUCUGGGAGCUUUGCCUAAUUAGCCAGGAAUUCCCAGAUAGGCGAAAGGAGAUAUUCAAGGAUAUUGAUAGGAACGGAGGUUCCGCAUGGAAUCAGAUACUCAAGGCGUCAGAAGAAGUAAUCAAGGGUAUUACAACGAGAAUACAUGAAUUCCAAACCCCUCAGCCACAAGCCACUACCGCUGCGGGUGGCCAAAAAGAACCCGCACCAAACACCCCGGAGAUGGUGCAAACAUUACCUCGAAUCACACAGCCAUCUAAAAACGAAAAUAUUCUUCUUGCUUCACCAAAACCUGGUACAAGGACAGAAAAAUUUGAGGCUGCUUUUGGUCCCAUUGCUAAAUCCUAUGGUCAAUCCCAAGAUUGGACACCUGCAGCAAAGGCCAAAGCUCGUGCAGCUAUGGAUCGCGCCUCCAAUGUUCUCUUAAGCCCAGAGCAAAAGCGCACAUUAUCGAACUCGGCACAAGAGCUGAAACUCCUAACGAGCCCUUCAGGUGCAAGCGGCUCCCCUAACCCCAUAAUACAACAUAUUAUGCGAUCUCCGCUCGGGUUUCCCUUUAGGCAGCCAUUUUCCAACCGCCUACGAGGGAUUGUACUGGGUUCCCCGAACUCCAAACUCGCAGCUAUUGUUGAUGCUACGGAGUCUCUUAAAUGCCUGCUUAUAGCAAGUUUGGAAGAGGAUCAAUUCGGUAGAGUCCAGGCCGACGUGCCUUCCGUGGUUAAGCUGUUCACCCAAACGAUCAUAGCGCUCGAGUCAUUCGUUGGCAAGGAUGGACUGCAGCCCCAUUGGAGCGAUGUUGAUUUAGCAAGCCCUGGCGGAGAGGAGAAUUUUCGAUCUGUAGAACAGGUUGAGAUCGUGAUUAGUACUCUUAAAAAUGGGUUAUCAGAGCUCCUGGGUGCUUUCAGCCUGUAUUUGAACGAGGUUGGAGUUGUAGGACGGGAUUUACAACAGGCUCGAGAAGCAGCGAGGAUAACCGAUGUAUGA